AUGGAUCAAGAUACGGAUCAAGGGCACCAUCGUGCCUCCUCGACGUCGAGAGCGAAUGGCCAUGCCCCCCUAUACCGUCUCAACUCCAACCAGAGCAGCACGAGCAUAUUUGAGGAGGUUGAAAUGGCCCACGAUGAGCUCUUCUCCGGACCAAUGGCCGAGAGUCUCCCGACCAGCGUUUCUGCUUUCUCGCAUCGCAGACCACGCGCCGAUUCUACCACGAGCUUUGCUUACUACCGAGACGAAGAUGAUUUGGAGCUCUCCCCCACGUUCGAUGAAGAACGCCGAAACAUGUCCGACGUUGGUGAUUUUACAUUCGGCGAGGAUGACGAGAGCGAUCUAGAUAUUGAAAAUGGCGAUGACUACAUGGCGCAUCGCCGAAGGUCAUCGACACAUUCACGGUCUUCCGUUCAUGCUAGGCUGUUGCGCCGAGACAGUGCGACGACAAGCAAGAGCUUGGGUGGAGACGGUCGAAUCAGUCAAAAGGUCUACAUGGUCAACGAGGACCUCACGAUCGUCAUCGCAGGCUUUCGGACUAGUCGCUUGGGCUUUGUCGCUUAUGCUCUCCUCUGCAUUUGUACUCUCGGCCUCUCAUGGCUUUUGCUGAGAUGGUUUCCUCGAUGGCAAGUGAGGUUGCUGGGGCGUCCAUCUCCAUUAGCUGAAUGUGACUGGGUGGUUGUCGAAAACCAAUGGGGUGAGUUCGCUCCCAUGGACGUGGAUAAGAAGCUCUACGGGAGACCAAUGUCAACAAUUUUCGGCUCUAGCGAGAAGGGCUAUAUGAUGGACGAUGAUUACGACCCCAUCAUUACCGAGCUUCGCAUGCUCAACUACCGCUAUAUUCGCCUAUACUUCAACCAGCAAACAGACAAGUUCAUCAUGUUCAACGGAUGGGUGGACCCCAAUUGGACCGACCCUCGAGCUGUCAGGGCUGGCAUAGACAGCGACGAAAAAGGACUCCGGGAGGUUGUAUUCGGUAACAACCUUAUAGACAUCGAGCAGAAGUCCAUACCACGCCUUCUUGUGGACGAGGUGUUCCAUCCCUUCUAUGUCUUUCAGAUAGCCAGCUUGAUUCUUUGGUCACUGGACGAGUACUACUACUACGCUGUCGCCAUAUUCUUGAUGUCAUUUGGUAGUAUUACGACCACUCUCAUCGAGACCGGGGCGACCAUGAAGCGCCUUCGGGAGAUUUCGCGCUUUGAAUGUGACGUCAGAGUGCUUCGGAACGGAUUCUGGCGCUUCGUGCCUUCAAGCGAGCUUGUGCCCGGUGAUGUCUAUGAGGUCAGCGAUCCGAACCUGACCCAGUUUCCCAGUGACGGCUUGUUGUUGAGCGGCGACUGCAUUGUCAAUGAGAGCAUGCUUACCGGCGAGUCGGUCCCUGUGUCGAAAACGCCUGCCACGGAUGAUACUAUGCAUAAGUUGGAUUUGGCUGCGCCGACGGUCUCGCCAGAGAUCGCGAAACACUUUCUAUUCUGCGGGACUAAGAUUGUCCGUGCUCGUCGACCACAAGAGGAUCGAGACGGUGACGCUGUGGCCCUUGCACUGGUUGUCAGAACAGGAUUCAGUACCACGAAGGGCUCUCUAGUCCGAUCGAUGCUAUUCCCCAAACCAUCAGGCUUCAAGUUCUAUCGGGAUUCCUUCCGGUAUAUAAGCGUCAUGGCUGUGGUAGCUAUGCUCGGCUUUAUUGCAUCGCUUGUCAACUUCCUGCGGUUGCAAUUGGCUUGGCAUCUAAUCAUCGUGCGCGCCCUUGAUUUGAUAACAAUCGUGGUGCCCCCUGCUUUGCCGGCCACUCUUACCAUUGGCACCAAUUUCGCACUGAACAGACUCAAGAAGAAACAAAUUUUCUGUAUCAGUCCGCAGCGAGUCAAUGUUGGGGGGAAGUUGGAUAUCAUGUGUUUCGACAAAACCGGAACCUUAACAGAAGACGGGCUGGACAUUCUCGGUGUGCGUGUUGCAUCGCCUGCGACCGGCAAGUUUACAGAUGUGUUAUCGGACCCAUCGACUCUCGUGCCAAGUCGCAACCACCGAAGUAGAGACGCUGCCCAAGAUUCGAAGCUCAAGGCCGCUCUUUUCACAAUGGCGACCUGUCACUCUCUAAGGGUAGUAGACGACGAAUUGGUUGGGGAUCCACUUGAUCUGAAGAUGUUCGAAUUUACUCGGUGGUCUUUCGAAGAGGGCAAGCAAAGUCUGAACGAAGCGGACGAUCAGGACCAGGGAAGUCUCGCACCAUCUGUCGCUAGACCUCCUGAGGAGUACUGUGAUACUCUACGAGAGGACAACGGAAACAACCACUCGCCACCUCUUGAACUUGGAGUCCUCAGAUCUUUUGAAUUCGUUUCGCAGCUUCGAAGAGCGAGCGUGAUUGUCAGGCAGUUCGGAAAGCCUAGUGGAGACAUCUACGUCAAAGGCGCCCCUGAGUGCAUGCGGGAGAUUUGCCGAGAGGAUAGCUUUCCUGUCGACUACGACGAACAACUCGCAAACUACACGCACAAGGGAUACCGUGUCAUCGGGUGUGCGACCCGCCACAUCCCCAAAAUGAGUUGGGUCAAGGCACAGAAAAUGAAGAGACAUGAAGCAGAGUCAGAUUUGGAGUUUACUGGCUUCAUCAUCUUCGAAAACAAGCUGAAACCGACCACUGCGUCAGUGCUGAAGGAACUUUUAGACUCCAACAUCAGCGCAACCAUGGUAACUGGUGACAACAUCCUGACCGCCAUCAGCGUUGCCCGUGAAUGCAACUUGGUCAACAAAACUGCACACUGCUUCGUUCCAAGAUUCAUUGAGGGGCAUGCUGGCGAUCCCAAGGCGAGGUUGCAAUGGGAGAGCAUCGACAAUAGCGAGUUCCACCUAAGUGACCAGACUCUACUUCCCAUGGCCCCACCAGCAGAUGUCGACGCAUCGCUGGCGUACAACAUCAACGACAUUCGCAACUACUCACUGGCUGUCACUGGCGAGGUUUUCCGCUGGAUCGUAGACUUCUCACCUCCAAUAAUCCUUCAAAGGAUGCUUGUCCGCGGCAGAGUUUUUGCGCGCAUGUCGCCUGACGAGAAGCACGAACUGGUUGAGAAACUCCAGGGCAUUGGGUACUGCUGCGGAUUUUGCGGCGACGGCGCAAAUGAUUGCGGUGCUCUGAAGGCUGCCGAUGUGGGCAUUUCGCUCUCAGAAGCGGAAGCUUCCGUUGCAGCUCCAUUCACAUCUCGUAUCUUUGACAUCGGAUGUGUACCAACGGUCAUCCGUGAAGGGCGUGCUGCGCUCGUAACGAGCUUCAGCUGCUUCAAGUACAUGAGUCUCUACUCGGCGAUUCAGUUCACAUCGGUCAGCUUUCUCUACGCGAAAGCGUCAAACCUCGGCGAUUUCCAGUUUCUUUUCAUCGAUCUGCUUCUUAUCCUGCCAAUCGCUGUCUUCAUGAGCUGGGCUGGGCCCUUUCCCACUUUGUCACGGAAACGACCAACGGCGGAUCUUGUAUCCCGCAAGGUUCUCAUACCUUUGUUGGGACAAAUGGCCAUUUGCAUCGCCGUGCAAGCCAUGGUCUAUGUAGCCGUGCGAGAGCAACCGUGGUACAUCCCACCACGCAUCAACCAUGAGAAGUCAAACAUCAAAAACUCGGAAAAUACCGUGUUAUUCCUCGUGUCAUGCUUCGAGUAUAUCUUAGCUGGGGUGGUCCUCAAUGCUGGGCCUCCCUUCAGAGAGAGCGCAUUGAAGAAUUGGCCCUUCUUGGCAACUGUUGGGGUGACUCUCCUGGUCACUCUUUACAUGAUUCUUUUUCCGGCGCAUUCGGUCAAGCGCUUGAUGCAACUGACGAGAACCAAUUUGGACUUUGAGCUUUUCAUGAUCUUGCUUGGUGCCGUUUACUUGGCUGCAGCCUGGACCUCGGAAAAGUACGUUUUCCAAAAAUUGGCUAGGACUGCUGGAGUUUUCAAGGAACACGUGUUGAAGACGCCGAAGCAGAGGAAACAGUACAAGAUUAUCUUGGAGAACAUGGAGGUCGGCUACCUGCCCCAUGCAGUUAUCAGAGUUGGCAUCCGACGACAGCUCCAGGAGCGUCUCGAUUCCAUCGCAAGCACCUCUCUCAGCCUGGAUUACGAGCGUAAGAUGACCUUCAUCGAGAAGUUACGCACGCAGCCCAUAGCCAUCGAGACUGCUGCUGCUAACAAGCAACACUAUGAAGUCGGCACCGGCGUGUUGGCCGCAUGCCUGGGCCCUCGUAUGAAGUACUCAUGCUGUCUAUACCCCAAGGGCGGGGAGACGCUGGCACAAGCUGAAGUUGCCAUGCUGCAGACUUAUGUGGAGAAGGCGGAGUUGAAGGACGGCAUGAGCAUUCUAGAUCUCGGCUGCGGCUGGGGGUCGGGCGCGCUUUAUUUUGCAGAGGUGCUUCCUAACUCCAAGGUCACUGCGUUCUCUAACUCCAAGACGCAAAAGGAAUACAUUGAUGGAAAGGCCAAGGAGAAGGGUCUCGCCAAUCUCACAGUGAUCACAGGCAAUGUUGUUGACUAUGAAUUUGAGCCUGAGUCCUUCGACAGAGUCGUGUCCAUCGAGCUUUUUGAGCACAUGAAAAACUAUGAGUUGUUGAUGGCCAAGGUCAGCAGGGCCUUGAAAGGAGGCGGCAAGCUUUUCGUGCAUAUUUUUGCACAUACGACUACGCCUUAUGACUACGAGGAGGGUUGGAUGACAACGCAUUUCUUCACGGGAGGCACCAUGCCGUCUGUUGAUCUGCUUCUGUACUUCCAGCAUGAUCUCAAAAUCCAGAGGCAGUGGUGGGUGAACGGCCAGCAUUACUCCAAAACGUGUGAGGAUUGGCUGAGCAAGAUGCUUGCACACAAGAAGGAGAUCUGGCCGCACUUGGUCGAGACCUACGGAGAGCAGGAUGCCAGCGUAUGGUAUAACCGGUGGCAGAUAUUUUACAUGGCGUGUUCCGAGCUGUUUGCCUAUCAAGGCGGCGACAUCUGGGGCAUUGCGCACUACCUGUUUGAGAAACCAAACUGA